AGCGGGGAGUCAUGAAGAGGAGUGGCACACCAGUGUGGGACAGAAGGAGCUACAGGCCCCCUCCCACAUUAAAGAGGAGCAGCUUCAUGAUGAAGAUGAAGCUCAGUCCUUACAGCUUCAUCACAGUCAAAGUGAGGAGAACAGAGGGGCGGAGCUUGUAAGUCAACACAUCACAGAAGCUGAUGGAGAGCAUUGUGAAGAUAUCAAGUCAGAACCAGACAGCAUCUUUGCUCCACUGUCAGACAUGGACCACAUGAUGUCACACUCUUCUGAUCACAGUGACCACAUCCAAAAACCUUUGGAGAGUAAAAAUGACUCUAAAGGUGAUACGAGACAUCACACUAACAACAAACACUUUGACUGCUCUGAAUGUGGGAAAUUAUUUAGAAAGAAGAGUCAUUUUACACAACACAUGAUAAUGCAUACUGGAGAGAAACCUUUUACUUGCGCUGUUUGUAAGAAGAGUUUCUCCAUAAAGGGUGCCGUGACCACACACAUGAGAACACACACUGGAGAGAAACUUUUUGCUUGUUCUGUUUGUGCUAAAAGAUUCAACACUAAGAAAGACAUGAUAUUACACAUGAGAACACACACAGGUGAGAAACCUUUUACUUGCUCUGUUUGUAAGAAGAGUUUCUCCAGAAAGGAAAGCAUGACCAGACACAUGAGAACACACACUGGAGAGAAACCUUUUGCUUGCUCAACUUGUGCUAAAAGAUUCAACACUAAGAAGGAAAUUAUAUUGCACAUGAGAACACACACAGGUGAGAAACCUUUUACUUGCUCUGUUUGUAAGAAGAGUUUCUCCAGAAAGGGUGCCGUGACCACACACAUGAGAACACACACUGGAGAGAAACUUUUUGCUUGUUCUGUUUGUGCUAAAAGAUUCAACACUAAGAAAGACAUGAUAUUACACAUGAGAACACACACAGGUGAGAAACCUUUUACUUGCUCUGUUUGUAAGAAGAGUUUCUCCAGAAAGGAAAGCAUGACCACACACAUGAGAACACACACUGGAGAGAAACCUUUUGCUUGCUCAACUUGUGCUAAAAGAUUCAACACUAAGAAGGAAAUUAUAUUGCACAUGAGAACACACACAGGUGAGAAACCUUUUACUUGCUCUGUUUGUAAGAAGAGUUUCUCCAGAAAGCAAAGCAUGACAACACACAUGACAAUACACACUGGAGAGAAACCUUUUGCUUGCUCAGUUUGUGCUAAAAGAUUCAACACUAAGAUUGAAAUGAUAUUACACAUGAGAACACACACAGGUGAGAAACCUUUUACUUGCUCUGUUUGUAAAAAGAGUUUCUCCAAAAAGGAAAACAUGACCAGACACAUGAGAACACACACUGGAGAGAAACCGUAUAGUUGCACUGUGUGUGAUAAGAUGUUCAGGUUUAAGAAUCAGGUCAGUAAACACAAGUGUGUAACAGUCAUGGAAGCUGCAGGGAUGUAAAAACACUUAAACAGUGAUUGUGCUAAAUGUAGUUUAAAAACACAGCAUGUUUAAUAAGAAUGUAUAUUUGAUGUUGUAUGUAGUGCUUCUCAUCUUCUAGUCUUAUAUGUUGGCCUGUAGUUACUUUUUAAGUUGUGUGCAUGUAUUGAAUAUUAUAUAUGUAGCUACUAUGUUAUUCUUUUUUCUCAUCUUUGAAGAGAGGACAUCUUAUUAGUUUCAUUUGGGGUUUUUUCCACACAUUUUUCCAUUGCAUUUUAUUGAUGUAAUUAUCCAAUUAAAAGUAUGAAUGAUUAAAAUGGUUAACAAAAUGUGGACUCUGGUAGAUUAGCAGCAUUGUUACAUCAUGGAUGUUAACUACUGCAAAACAUCAACAAAGAAGAAAAAUGCUGAAGUUAGCAACACAUCACUGAACUUUAGAGCCAUCGUGAGUGGAGUUGCUUGUUUUUAUUGCUGCAUUUGUACUUAUUUCACCUCACAUCUUCACUUUUAAUCCUAAAGUCUUCUUCACAUAUAUUGUUGUAGGCUUCUAACAUUUAUGUUUCUGAUGUGUGUGUGUAGUCUGUGGAAAGGGUUGUUGUCCCUUGUGGAUCCAAUUGUUCACUUGCACAGAUACAUCUUCAUCUUCAUCAUCAUCAUCACCGGUCCACUACUGGACGAAACCUUAGCAUUAAUGUUUUAAUAUAAGUGUGACCUCAUUAUUCCUUGAUAAUAAGACUAAAAAUACGGAUUUAAGCACUGUAUUAGAGUGCUUCUUGUAGUACUCCAACUCGCCACACUGAGAAGUGGGGGCGAUCAUGAGCUAGCAGAUGCAUGUUGCUAUCAUGUUUUAUCAGCGAGGAAGACAACAUUUGUGUUUACUUUUUGUCAGAUCCAAGUUUUAAUGCUCUGCUGAAUAAAUGAAUCACUAUGGCUGCCAAU